CAAGUGGGCAUGAGACUUUGGGAGUUCACAUGCAUGAAUAAUAAGAUAGUUUGUAGACUCACCACUCAUUGCACUAUGGAGUACUCUUGAAACUGUAAUCAGAUUUCAUGAAGUGGUCAUCAACACAAACAAGUACUUGACUGCUCAAACUUUGAUCAGGACCAUCGUUAUCUUGAACAAAUUCGAGCUAUAAAAGCGCUCAGCGAGCCUAAUCAAGCCAUCAGUUCCAAUCAACUCAUCCGACAACCAUGAAGACCAUCUCCGUAGUAGCUACCCUGGUGGCCUUCGCCGCUGCCUCCUCAAUCCCGGAGACCCCCCGUGGUCUCAACGAGGACCUCCAGGACUUCCUGGCGCUGGUCCCGGUGGACAAGUUCGUGGCGUUGGCCCUCGAUUACUUCCAAAACGACAAGGAGGUCCAGCACGCCUUCGAGUACCUGCAGGGUGAGGAGUUCUCCACCAUCUGGGAUCAGCUGUUCGCGCUGAAGGAGAUCAAGGAACUGCUCAAGUAUCUGCACGAUGCCGGUCUGGACGUGUACAACUGGUUGAACGUCGUCGCGGACGUUUUCGGACUGAACCACGUCAAGCCUGUGCGGGCCGUUCGAAGCAUCAAAACCGGAGGCCUCAGCGGAUUCCUGGACGAAGCCCUGGCCCUGCUGCCCAAGGAGGAAAUCAAGGCCCUGUUCGAGGACAAGCUGAAGACCAGCCCGGAGUUCAAGGCUCUGUACGAGAAGCUGCGUCACGCUGACUUCCAGAAGUUGGUCGACUUCUACAACAACUCCAAGGAGGUCCAGUCGCUGUUCGCCAAGCUGCGUGAGCACGGAAUCGACGUUGACAAGUUCGUGGAACUCGUUGCCGGUUUCUUCGGAUGGGGGCAGUUCUGAAUCAAUUCUGUGAAUGCCGAAUGAAGCGGAAUGCAAUUAUGAAAUAAACUUUUCUAUAACGAAUCAA